AUGUGGCAGGUUCUGAUCGUCAGCUCCCUCCUUGCCCUGCUCCAGGCCUCUCCAGGCCGGGCACAGGUCCCCAUCCAGGACAACUUCAACGCUGACCAGAGAAGCAGCCAUGUGGGUUCAGGACACAGUGGGCCCGGAGGCCGGCACAGAGCAGGCUUCUGGGCCUCCUCCUCUGCUCCGCAGUUCCAGGGUACCUGGUACAUUGUUGGGGCUGUGUCAGAUGACCAGAGUUUCCAGGACUCCAAGGACGACAUGAAGAUGCCCGUGGUCCUAGUGACCCCCUUGGGCAACGGCGACCUUGCCGUCAAGUUUGGGUACCCCACGCCUGAUGGCAGAUGCCAGAAGUUGGACACGACCUUCACCAAGGGUGCUGUGAAUGGGCAGUUCAGCAACCCAGCCAUGGCCCAGACGGACAUUCGCGUGGCCUCCACGGACUACGAACACUUCGCUGUGAUGUACUUCCAGACGCAGAAGGCAGACGUGACAAACACCUGGCUGCAGCUUUACGCCCGCACCCCGGAGCUGUUUCCCGAAGGUGCACAGAAGAUGCAGCAGCUGGCACCUCAGUUGGGCCUGAGCCCCAGCCAGGGCGCCCUGCUGCCCAAGUCCGAGGAGUGUGCGGGAGCGCUGGCCAUGCGCUGAUCAGCCCCGGAAGCCCGUCCAGUGCCGCCUUCCCCAGAGAAUACCCCAUUUCCACCCCAAGCACAAUAAAAG